AUGGGUAUUUUCAGUAAAUUGGUUAAGACGACUGUCGCAGGCAGUAUUGCCUCGGUCGGUGUCUUCUGGGGCGCCACGCGCAAUGAUGUAUUCGUGCCCAUGGACAGUUCCGAUCCCAUCUUCCAAUCGGCCUUUUUCAAAAAGUUCAAUCCGAGCAGCAACCCAACCCUUCACGAUGUCUGCGUUCGCCGAAUUCCCCUAGACAAGAUCCAGCCCUCGCUGGUCGAGGAGAAGGGCAAGUUGGUGGAAGCCUUCUGUGCCGGUGUCUGGGGUGGCAUGGGAUACAUCCCCCAGCGAGCUUACUUUGACCGAAAGUACCGUGGACCCGAGACCGCCAGCCACCUCUGGGACCGAUCGGACCUCCUCUCAAACAAAUACGAAGUAGGAACCAUCAUUACCGAUCACUUUGAAGUCGUCGAGAAGGACGAAAACCGUAUUGUCGUUCGCUGUGGUGCCUCCCCACGUAUCCAGGAUGUUCGUCCCUCCGAUGGUCUCUUCGAAAUCGCCGCCGUGAUCAAGCAGGAGCAAGGCGUGGCCGAAUUCAGUCUGAAGAGCUGUUUCUACCAGGGUCUCGGGAAGGCGGAAGCUGCACCCAUGGAUGACAAAAUGGCGUGGGCACACCGCCAGUACACCAAAUUGCUUCUGGAAACCGCCGUGUUGAAAAAAUGCGUAAAGUAA